UGUUGAAUGUAUAAUAAAAUAUCGGUGAAGAUCUAGCUAAAUUAUAUGUCUAUUGAGAAUAAUAUCGAAACCUGGAAAAUCAGAAGACUUAUUCAAAAUUUGGAGAGACUGAGAGGCAAUGGAACUAGUAUGAUCUCCUUGCUGCUCUCUCCUCGUGAUGCUAUAUCUAAGGUACAGGCAAUGCUCGCUACUGAGAUGGGCACAGCUUCACAUAUCAAAUCUAAGGUGAACAAACUUGCUGUGAUGAGUGCCAUUACUUCAGCCAAAGAGAGGCUCAAGCUCUACAAUAGAACACCUCCUAAUGGGUUGGUGAUCUUUUGAGGAACUGUAAUUGGAGAAGAAGGUGGCUCUGAGAAGAAGUAUACUAUUGACUUUGAACCGUUCAGACCUCUGAAUACGUUCAAGUACAUCUGUGACAAUAAGUUCUGCACUGAACCUCUCUUUGAGUUACUUGAAAAUGAUGAGACUUAUGGAUUUGUGAUCAUGGAUGGAGCUGGAUGUCUUUUUGGAACUCUUCAAGGAGCUAAUACCACUACCUUACAGCAAUUCAGCGUACAGCUUCCUAAGAAGCAUGGAAGAGGUGGACAGUCUGCUCCAAGAUUCGCAAGAAUUAGGGAUGAGAAGAGAGCACACUAUGUUAAGAAAGUUGCUGAAGCCGCUACAUUCCACUUUAUUACUGAUGAUAAGCCAAAUGUUAAAGGGCUAGUCUUGGCUGGGUCUGCUAAUUUUAAGAAUGAUCUCUCCCAAUCGGGAGUAUUUGACAAGAGGCUCUCUGAGGUAGUCAUCAAGAUUGUUGAUGUAUCAUACGGAGGAGAGAAAGGGUUUGAGCAAGCAAUCAAACUGUCCGAAACUGCUCUCUCUAACGUUAAGUUUGUGGAAGAGAAGCAACUCAUCAGCAAAUAUUUCGAGGAAAUCGCUCUAGAUACUGGGAUGAUUUGCUUUGGAGUUGAAGAUACACUUCAUUCCCUUGAGUGUGGAGCCUGAGAGAAGGUUGUCUGCUGGGAAGAACUCGAGAUAAAUAGAUACGAAGUUAGAAACCCUACUACUGAAGAAGUUACUAUCCUUCAUUUAAAUAAGGAGCAAGAAAAGAAUCCUAAGUAUUUCACAGACCCUGAAACAAUGAUAGAUUUUGAUGUAAUCAAAUGCGAGCCUCUCUCAGAAUGGCUCUGCGAGCACUAUAAAGAUUAUGGAGCUAAACUUGAGUUUAUCAGUGACAAGUCACAAGAAGGAUAUCAGUUUGUGGAAGGCUUUGGAGGGAUUGGAGGCUUCCUCAGAUUCAAAAUUGAGAUGCCAGAGGCUGUCUAUGACAAAGAAGACAAUGGAGGCAAUGGAGAAGGAGAUGAGGACACAUUUGAUCCAGAAGAAGACUUCAUAUAAGCUCAAAUUAUAACUUAUCUGAUUCAUAAUUCUUGCCCAAAUACU